AUGUUUGAAAUGUCCGCAACAGAAGCUUUACAUUCACCUAGUGAAAGCUUUCUCCAUGCACAGCCGGAAAGCCUAGCACAAAACGACGUUGAGAACAAUACUAAUGGUCCUGACUCACACAGCUUUGCUACAGCUAUAAAUCAGUGUCCAGGCUCGCAUAAAAUUGAAGUUGUUUCAAACGAAAGCUCUUCAGAUGAAAAGAUUGUUAAAACUGACGUGGGAAAAGCGGACAUGGUAAGUAUUAUACAUACACGGUCCAAAAAAUGUCAGUUCCCUUGAACCCAAAUGCUAUCUAGUGCAGCUGUAGAUUUAAAACUGAAUGGUAAUAAGAUAUAUAUCUAUGUUUGCCAGUAUGUACUGGCUUGAACUAGUAAACAAUGGUUAUUGCCUUUUCUUGCAAUCUUUUGAGCUAAUGUGCCUUAUUAUUGUGCAGCCCAUGUGUAUCACUAUCAUGUAACUCUAUAUGCAAUCAUAGUUCACAGGUGUAAUUUAUUUGAUUUUGAUAGUUCCAAAGUGAAUCUAAAGACAAUACCAAUAGGCACUUUUUCAACAACCAACCUGCUUUGCCAAGUGAUGGAUUUAAAGGUGGCAGUGUUAUCGUGAAGACAUCAUUUAUUCAGAAAAUAACUGACCCAAAAAAAUGUGUCCAUUAUACAGGUACGUGCAACCACACAUACCCCUCUACAAAUGAAACUAGGGAAGUUGGAAACAUUUGAGGGGAGGGGGUAAAUAGAGAGAGCACGGUAAAUGAAAAACCCUUUCACAUUUUGACAUUCACGACUGACUGUUUAUUCUUUUGUUACGUAGGGUUAAACCUUGAAGUAUUGAAAGCUUUGUAUGAUCUUAUCAAGGAGAAAGCAAACAAAUUAUAUAUGUGGAAAGGAGUAAAAUGGACAAGACUUAAAAAUGCUCAACCUGGACAUUUGAAGGUCAUCAUUGUCAUUGCAUGCAUUUCAUGAAAGUUACUUUGAUAGCAAAUUUCUAAAAUUCUUAUUCAUGAAAAGUUAGUUUUAAGGUUUAUUGCAAGUUAGUGUAUGAAAAAUUACUAAGAUGCACACUAACUUGGUUUAUUUGCCAACUAGCAAUACUAUUUAACUCUUUCUCGACAACCGGUUUCGUAUUACAUUUCGAUACAAUUUUUCUAAUAUAAAUAUCUCGGCGAGUAUUUACCCCCCUUUUAAAUAAAUGCCACCAUUGAAAUCCUCACAAUAUAACCUUUCGAACGGGGGGUCAAGUGCCAUCAAAACAUUACACAAACCGAAACAAUCAUAUAUUUAUACUCACGGCUUCGCCAAACAUUCAAACGGGAAAAAGAGAAAAAGUUGAAUAUAUUCUAAAAUUUGGCGUCAUUUUCUGAAAGGAUAUAUGUGCAAAAUACUCUUUGUAUUCAAGCGCUUUAGUGUAGAAAGUUUCGUAUGAAUACGGCGAGUAGAAAUAUUUAUUUUGAAUUUUUCAAGGUAUCGGGUUUUACUUGCACGCGCUUGUAUUACGUAAUACUUGGCCAAUAAGGAGCUCCCUUUAGCCGGGAUGACGUCAAACUCACGCUAUGGGUGCACUUUGACCUGUAGAAUCCAUUUCUGGCAUUUCCAAAGUCACGCGAUACAAACUACGCAUUGUUUUGACGGUUUUUCGUCGUAUUUCCGGUUUGGGAUUAACGCAAAUUCGGGCAGAAAUGCAAAAUUCGGCAAGAAUACUCACGUUUUAAAGAUAGAAGCUUGAAAAUAACACUAUACGUGUUAUUUUUAACUGCUUCAUUCAUCAAGAAUACAAGAAUGAGCAUACGUCUCAAGGGGCCGAAGUUAUGUUCGGCGAAAGUUAUGUUCGGCGAAAGGUAUGUCUAUGUUUAUAAUUUGUUAGUAAUAUUGCGUAAUUUGAUCAUAUAUAAGCCUGUUUGACUUUCAAAGCUUAUAAAUCGCUACAAUGUAGCCAUUGACUAAAACUAUCGUUAUAAACUAGUAUAUAUUUUUACACUGAAUCGAAUGGUGGUAUUUUCAUCUACAUAACGUUUACUGAACCGAAGAUAUGAAUGAAACAGACUUAGUACGUGCACGUACUAACUUUAAUGGCCGUGCUUUAAAAGAGUUAAGGAUUCUGUCCAUCACAGUAUUCAGUUCUAAGCUGUAUUUUUUUCUUAUUUUUAGAACAAGUACAACUUAAGAAAACUAACCACCUGGGAACAACUUCUUUUGACUUUGGUGAGGCUAAGAAGAAAUCCAAGCAUGAUUAUGUUAGGAGACUUGUUUGAUAUUGCCCCUGGAACAGCCAGCCGAAUUUUCAUAACUUGGAUACUAUUUUUAGCAAAGGAGUUGUCUUUUUUGUUAUCAUUUCCAACAGUGGCUGAAAUAAAUGACAUUCAAAUUCCAGCAUCUUUGAGGGGAUUUGCACACUUGAGAAGAAUAAUUGAUUGUACCGAAUUUUAUAUUGAAAAGCCUACCCGGAUCUCGAGCCAAAGGUCGACAUACAGUACCUAUAAAUCUAGGAAUACAUUCAAGCUGUUUAUAUCAAUAUCACCUGUCCCUCGUAUUAACUUUGUAUCAAAUCUGUACAGUGGAAGAAUUAGUGAUAAGCAGCUUACAAAAGAAUGUGGUUUUAUAGAACAGUUAAAUCCUGGUGACGUCAUUAUGGCUGACAAAGGUUUUAAUGUGCAAGAUAUUUUUGCAUUAAAAUAUGUCCGUCUGCUUGCUCCACCGAUUAUAUUAUGAGCAAGGGCAAGGUCUCGGCAAAGGCAACAACCAUGACAAGACGAAUAGCUAAAUCACGUGUCCAUGUUGAGCGAAUGAUUAGGAAGUUGAAAUGCUUUCAACUAAUUCGUGGGGUCAUACCACUCACUUUAAAACCAUAUGCAAGCUCUAUCAUCCGAGUAUGUGCUUGUCUUGUCAACUUGAGUCCAACCAUUAUUGAUCAUGAUAGUGAUUCUGAUAGCGAAGAAUGGGACAGUGAAAAUUAUGACCAAGGUGGCAAUGACUACUCACAAGAGAGUGAUGACAAUGACAGAACUUUGAAGUCUUUUCAUUGA